GCCCGGCUCAGUGGCGUCGGGAACCGCAGAGCACCUGUGGGUUCGCGGAAGUCCUGCCGUACUCUAGCCCGGCCAAGCUCCGCGGGACCCAGCCCGACCCGACCUCUGCCCGGCCCGCCAUGGGCCCUCCGUCCCGUAGCGUCUCCGCGCUCCUGCUGCUGCUACAGGUCACAUCAGGGCUCUGCCAGGAGCCCGAGCCCUGCCGCCCUGGCUUUGGCGCCGACAGCUACACGUUCACCGUGCCCCGUCGACAUUUGGAGAGAGGCCGAGUCCUGGGCAGAGUGAGUUUUGAAGGAUGCACCGGUCAACCAAGGACAGCCUAUUUUUCUGAUGACACGCGAAUCAAAGUGGGCAGCGAUGGUGUGGUUAGCGUCAGACGGCCUCUGCAGCUUCAUAAACCAGAGAUGAGUUUUCUCGUCCACGCCUGGGACUCCAGCCGCAGGAAGCUGUCCACCAAAGUUACGCUGAAGGCAGCAGUGCGCCAUCACCGCCACCAUCACGACACUCUCUCCGAAACCCAGACAGAAGUGCUCACAUUUCCCAACUCCCAGCAUGGUCUUAGAAGACAGAAGAGAGACUGGGUUAUCCCUCCUAUCAGCUGCCCAGAAAAUGAGAAAGGGCCAUUUCCUAAAAAUCUGGUUCAGAUCAAAUCUAACAGGGACAAAGAAAUCAAGGUUUUCUACAGCAUCACUGGCCAAGGGGCUGACACACCUCCUGUUGGUGUGUUUAUUAUUGAAAGAGAAACAGGAUGGCUGAAGGUGACGGAGCCUCUGGAUAGAGAACAAAUUGCCAAGUACAUUCUGUACUCUCAUGCUGUGUCUUCAAAUGGGCAUGCAGUCGAAGACCCAAUGGAGAUUGUGAUUACGGUGACAGAUCAGAAUGACAACAAGCCCGAGUUCACCCAGCAGGUCUUUGAAGGUUCUGUCAUGGAAAGUGCUCUUCCAGGAACUUCUGUGAUGCAGGUCACGGCCACAGAUGCAGAUGACGACGAGAAUACCUACAAUGCCGCCAUCGCAUACACCAUCCUCUCCCAAGAGCCCCCGCUGCCUCAGAGCACAAUGUUCACCAUCAAUAGGGACACAGGAGUCAUCAGUGUGGUCACCACCGGGCUGGACCGGGAGAGUGUCCCCAUGUACACCCUGGUGGUUCAGGCUGCUGACCUGCAAGGUGAAGGUUUAAGUACAACCGCAACAGCCGUGAUCACGGUCACUGACAUCAACGAUAACCCUCCCAUCUUUGAACCAACCACGUACCAGGGGCAGGUGCCUGAGAACGAAGCUAAUGUCGAAAUCACCGUACUCAAAGUGACUGACGCCGAUGUCCCAAAUACCCCAGCGUGGCAGGCCGUGUACACCAUAUUGAACAAUAAGGAUGACCAGUUUGUUGUCACCACAGACCCAGUAACCAACGAUGGCAUUUUGAAAACAGCUAAGGGCUUGGAUUUUGAGACCAAGCGACAAUACAUUCUGUAUGUGGCCGUGGAGAAUGUGUCCCCGUUUGAGGUUAUUCUCUCCACCUCCACAGCCACAGUCACCGUGGACGUGGAGGAUGUGAACGAAGCCCCCAUCUUUGUGCCUCUCCAAAAGGAAGUGCACAUACCUGAAGACUUUGGUGUGGGCCUGGAAAUCACGUCCUACACUGCUGAGGAUCCGGACCAGUUUAUGGAACAGAGGAUAACGUAUCGGAUUUGGAGGGAUGCUGCCAACUGGCUGAGGAUUGAUCCAGACACUGGUGCCAUUUUCACUCGGGCUGAAUUAGACAGAGAGGACUUUGAGCAUGUGAAGAACAGCACGUACACGGCCCUCAUUAUCGCCACCGACAAUGGUUCUCCACUUGCUACUGGAACGGGAACCCUUCUCCUGAUCCUCUCUGAUGUGAAUGACAAUGGCCCCGUACCAGAACCUCGAAGUAUGGAUUUCUGCCAGAAAAAUCCACAGCCUCAUAUCAUCAACAUCUUUGAUCCAGAUCUUCCCCCCAACACAUCUCCCUUCACGGCAGAACUAACACACGGGGCAAGUGUCAACUGGACCAUUGACUACAGUGACCAAGCCCGUGAAUCUCUAAUUUUGAAGCCAAAGAAAACCUUAGAGUUGGGCGACUACAAGAUAAAUCUCAAACUCGUGGAUAACCAGAACAAGGACCAGGUGACCACCCUAGAUGUGUACGUUUGUGACUGCGAAGGGGUCGUCAACAACUGCAAGAGGACCAUGCCUUACGCUGAAGCGGGGUUGCAAGUUCCUGCCAUUCUGGGCAUUCUCGGAGGAAUCCUCGCCUUACUAAUCCUGAUUCUGCUGCUUUUGCUGUUUGUUCGGAGGAGAGGGGUGGUCAAAGAGCCCUUACUACCCCCAGAAGAUGACACCAGGGACAAUGUUUAUUACUAUGAUGAAGAAGGAGGUGGAGAAGAGGAUCAGGACUUUGACUUGAGCCAGUUGCACAGGGGCCUGGAUGCUCGGCCUGAAGUGACUCGCAAUGAUGUGGCACCAACCCUCCUGAGCAUGCCCCAGUACCGGCCCCGCCCUGCCAAUCCUGAUGAAAUUGGAAACUUUAUUGAUGAAAACCUGAAGGCAGCAGACAGUGACCCCACUGCUCCUCCUUACGACUCUCUGCUUGUGUUUGACUAUGAAGGAAGCGGUUCUGAAGCUGCUAGUCUGAGCUCCUUAAACUCCUCGGAAUCAGACCGAGAUCAGGACUAUGACUACCUGAAUGAAUGGGGCAAUCGCUUCAAGAAGCUGGCAGACAUGUACGGAGGUGGUGAAGAUGACUAGGGGACUCGAGACAAAUGGGGAAGGAGAUGGGCCCCUACAUCGUGUGAUAGAAAAUGCAGGGCUCAUGGUUUCUCACCUCCCUUCACUUGAGAUGACUUUCUGGGGAAGAGAGUCUGCUCGGUGAUGCAGUUAGAAUAGUUGGGAUUUCCACUUUAUAGAUCUAAUCUGUGUGUGUUCGAAUGAUUUCGCCCUAAUUUUUGAAUCUUUUUUUCUUUCCUCACUCUUUAAGUGGUGAUGCUGUCCCAAAGACCCCCAUAUGUUAAUACUUCAGAACAAUAGCUUCAGCCUCAAAAGGUUCUGCUAGCAACUUGCAGAUUUCCUUAAGGGUUUUCGUCUCAUUUUUUAAGGGAAGGGAGGGGUCAACUGCCCUAUUAUUUUGUGUGUGCAUGUAUGUGUGUGUGUGUGUGUGUAAUUGUUUUUAAUUUGUGUACUUUUUUCCUCCUAUCACUGCACAGUGCCCCUUGUUCUUAAGACCUUUAAUCUUCUGAGUGUAUAACUUGAAAUAGGUAUCCAUCCACUUACUUGUUGUGCAUAAGAAUGUUUGUUAUGUGUAUGUCAUUACUGGGGUGAUCUGGUUCUAAACAGGAAGCCUUGACCAGAAAGGGUGGUGAGUUUUCAGGUGCCACUCCACAUCUAAUGUUCAUCUAACACUCAAACAAGAGAGUGAUCUAUUCCAACACUUACGGUAGUGCCUCGAGUGCUGCAGCCAAAGACAGAAGGUGUUUGUCCCAGCGGAGAGCAACGUGAAAAAUGGGUUUGAAGGUGGCAGGAGACAAGUUGUUGAGCCUGGCAAUUUAGGAAACUGAGGCUGAGGAUGGUUGAGGUGGCUCUGCCUCUAGUCCUGAAAAAGAAUAGAAGAAUCUUAACAUGUGACUCCAAUCAGGAUCCUGCUACCAGAGUUUCUUCCUGACAGCCCAGAACCCCCCAAGUGCCUGCUGUUGUUGAUGUCCACAGGAUAUGCUGGCUGAUCUGGAAACAUCUGCCCCAAAUUCCAAGCAUGCAUAGAAAACAAUAUCAGGAAAUCCAAUUUAUUUUCCUUAGGAGCAGGAAGAAAAUACGGCCCUAAAAUGUGUCAGUAAGGGGAGUGUGGGGAGAACUCUGAUUUGGAUCUUCUUUUAGUUGAAAUGUGAACUUCAAGAACCUUUUGACAACCAUGGAAAAUAAUCUUAUCUAAAUUGCUUUACUGUCUGUCAGGUGUUUUUUGAAGAAAAAGAAAAUCAUCCCUGCAAUCACAUCUUGGAAUUGUCUUGAUUUUUCAACAAUUUAAACUCGAAUGUCGUCCUGUAUAGAGAAUGUCACUAUAGUUUUGACUAUAUAUGUGUGUGGGUGUUGAUAAUUUUGUAUUUUCUUUGGGAGUGGAAAAGGAAAACAAUUCAAGCUGAGAGAAUUCUUAAAUAUCCAUUUUUAUAAAUUUUAUUAAAGAAUUUUGUUAAACAUUGUCAGACACAUGUUUUAUUUGGUUAGCCACAAUUCCAUGCAAGACCAGUGGUACUUGGGCUUAUUCAAAACAUGGAGAAGGAAGCUUCAUGUUGAAAUGACUCCUCCAGAACUUUGUGUCCUUCUAUUGCGGGCAGUGUGUGGGAAACUGCAUUUACAAAUUCACUUUACUUGAAAACUAUCCAUAUGGUAUGUGGAGAAGCCAUUAACAUUCUCUUCUUAAUGGAAAAACUACUGUGGGCAUUGCUGAGGGACCUAGUAGAGCUUCAGACAAAUUCAGUCAGUCAGCAAAAGGUUUGUGUAGUCCAGUGGUUCACCCCUGGGGGAGAGUAUGGCUCCCUCUCCCAGAGGACUUUGUGCAAUUUCUGGAGAUACUUUGAUUGUGAUGACAUCAAGUCAAGGCCAAGGAUGCUGCUGACCAUCCGGCAAUGCACAGGACAACCAUGUGCAACAAAGAAUCAUCAGGUUCAAAAUGUCAACAGUGCUGCUGUUGAGAAACCCUCUUACAGUUCUGUCACUUUCCUCUGCUGGAGUCUAGGACUUGAGAUAGAUAUAUAAAUUUUUUUAAGUGGUGGUCAAAUAUAUACACAGAUCUUGACUUAUGUGGUUAUAUCCCAAUAAACCAUCAUAAGUUGA